UGAGGGGAUGUUCUAGAUGGACAAGGUUGCAGCGCCUCACUGACCCAGAGAAGCCCAAGUCCCAAGGAGAGGAUCCUCGCAAGCCCCAGGAGACGGCCUGGCCUGCAGGGGCAGGGAGAGGGAUCCUGAAGCCCCAGGAGACGGCCUGCGCCUGCAGGGGGGCAGGGAGAGAGGAUCCUGAAGCCCCAGGAGACGGCCUGGCCUGCGGGGCAGGAGAGAGGAUCCUGAAGCCCCAGGGAGACGGCCUCGGCCUGCAGGGGCAGGGGGGAGAUGGGCUCAGAGGAGAGGAGUUCAGCCAUGUCUCACAAGAUCUCUUCCCCUCACACAGCAACAGCAGCUCCUCCUCCAAACACGACAGCCGACAGGACAGUUGGGAGAUUGUAGAGGGGCUGCGUGGAGGACACAGUAAUGUCCAGGAGCCCCAGAAGCAGGAUGGAUACAUGCUGAAGAGGAGGAAGUGGCCGAUGAAGGGAUGGCACAAGAGAUACUUCUACUUGGACAAGGGCAUCCUGAAGUAUGCCAAGUGUGGUGCUGACAUUGAGAAGGGGAAGUUACACGGCUGUAUUGACAUGGUUAUUAAUGUUCCUGUCUUUCAGAUUGAGAAGGGGAAGUUACACGGCUGUAUUGACAUGGUUAUUAAUGUUCCUGUCUUUCAGAUUGAGAAGGGGAAGUUACACGGCUGUAUUGACAUGGUUAUUAAUGUUCCUGUCUUUCAGAUUGAGAAGGGGAAGUUACACGGCUGUAUUGACAUGGUUAUUAAUGUUCCUGUCUUUCAGAUUGAGAAGAGGAAGUUACACGGCUGUAUUGACAUGGUUAUUAAUGUUCCUGUCUUUCAGAUUGAGAAGAGGAAGUUACACGGCUGUAUUGACAUGGUUAUUAAUGUUCCUGUCUUUCAGAUUGAGAAGAGGAAGUUACACGGCUGUAUUGACAUGGUUAUUAAUGUUCCUGUCUUUCAGAUUGAGAAGAGGGAAAUUGAGAAGGGGAAGUUACACGGUUGUAUUGACGUGGGUCUCUCUGUCAUGGCCAUUAAGAAGUCAGCCCAGUGCAUUGAUCUGGAUGCAGAGGAAAACAUCUAUCACCUGAAG